GGGAAGGCCGCGUGGUCACCCGGCGGGGCCCGCCGCUCAGCCAAGGCGCGGAGUCUCCCGGGAACUUGGCGUCGCGCAGAGCUGCGACCUCGGGGCGCGGGGUCCCCGGCAGGGCGGCCGGGCCGGCGCGGGUCCGAGGGCGGCGGCGCGGGGUCCCCGGGGUCUCGGCGGGUCCGAGGGCGGCGGCGGCGGGGGUCCCCGGGGUCUCAGCGGGUCCGAGGGCGGCGGCGCGGGGUCCCCGGGGUCUCGGCGGGGCGGGUCCGAGGGCGGCGGCGCGGGGUCCCCGGGGUCUCAGCGGGUCCGAGGGCGGCGGCGGGGGUCCCCGGGGUCUCAGCGGGUCCGAGGGCGGCGGCGCGGGGUCCCCGGGGUCUCGGCGGGGCGGGUCCGAGGGCGGCGGCGCGGGGUCCCCGGGGUCUCAGCGGGUCCGAGGGCGGCGGCGCGGGGUCCCCGGGGUCUCAGCGGGUCCGAGGGCGGCGGCGCGGGGUCCCCGGGGUCUCGGCGGGUCCGAGGGCGGCGGCGGCGGGGGUCCCCGGGGUCUCAGCGGGUCCGAGGGCGGCGGCGCGGGGUCCCCGGGGUCUCGGCGGGGCGGGUCCGAGGGCGGCGGCGCGGGGUCCCCGGGGUCUCGGCGGGGCGGGUCCGAGGGCGGCGGCGCGGGGUCCCCGGGGUCUCGGCGGGUCCGAGGGCGGCGGCGGCGGGGGUCCCCGGGGUCUCGGCGGGGCGGGUCCGAGGGCGGCGGCGGCGGGGGUCCCCGGGGUCUCGGCGGGUCCGAGGGCGGCGGCGGCGCGGGCUCGCGGGCUCCCGGCGCCGCCCGACGUCACUUCCGACCGGAGCCAAGAUGGCGUCGGCGCGGCCGCGGACGCCGGGGCGGGCGGAGCGGCGGCAGCGGCGGCGCGGGCGGCGGCUGUCGGCGCUGUGAGGCGCGGGGCGCGGCGGGCGCAGAACACUGAGCCUGUUGCAGCUGCUGAGAGCCUGGCUGAGGUACCUGAACAUGUGCUCCGAGGACUUCCGGAGGAAGUGAGGCUUUUCCCAUCUGCUGUUGACAAGACUCGGAUUGGUGUCUGGGCCACUAAACCAAUUUUAAAAGGCAAAAAGUUUGGGCCAUUUGUUGGUGAUAAGAAAAAAAGAUCUCAGGUUAAGAAUAAUGUGUACAUGUGGGAGGUAUAUUACCCAAAUUUGGGAUGGAUGUGCAUUGAUGCCACCGAUCCAGAGAAGGGGAACUGGCUGCGGUAUGUGAAUUGGGCUUGCUCAGGAGAAGAGCAAAAUUUAUUUCCACUGGAAAUCAACAGGGCCAUUUACUAUAAAACUUUAAAGCCAAUCGCGCCGGGCGAGGAGCUCCUGGUCUGGUACAAUGGGGAAGACAACCCCGAGAUAGCAGCUGCGAUUGAGGAAGAGCGAGCCAGCGCCCGGAGCAAGCGGAGCUCCCCGAAGAGCAGGAAAGGGAAGAAAAAAUCCCAGGAAAGUAAAAACAAAGCAAACAAAACUGACGACCUGCAGCUGAAGACAGGCGAGCCAGAUUCUGCUUCUGCAAAUAUGAGAGAUUCUGCAGAAGGUCCCAAGGAAGAGGACGAGAAGCCUUCAGCCUCAGCAGUGGAGCAGACAGCCGUUCUUCAGGAGGCGGCUAGUCAGGAUGUGCUUCCAGAACUAGUGGUCCCCCCCACUGCCUGUGAGCCCCACACAGAACCGGACGAGAAGCCAGAAGCCACGAACUGUGAGGUGAAUGAUUUGGAGGAAGAGGAGGAAGAGGAAGAGGAUGAAGAUGACGAGCUGGAGGAAGAGGGGGAGGAAGAAGCUGACCUGCCAAAUGAAAGUUCUGUAAAAGAGCCAGAAAUACGAUGUGAUGAGAAGCCAGAAGAUUUAUUAGAAGAACCAAAACAUGUUUCAAAAGAAACUCUCGUGGGCUCUCUAGAGCUUCCACCUGUUACCAGAACUCCCAGAGCUAAGGAAGAGGCCAAUGGUGAUAUAUUUGAGACGUUUCUGUUUCCGUGUCAGCAUUGUGAAAGGAAGUUCACGACCAAACAGGGGCUGGAACGUCACAUGCACAUCCACAUAUCCACGGUCAAUCAUGCUUUCAAGUGCAAGUACUGCGGGAAAGCAUUCGGCACACAGAUCAACAGGAGGCGGCACGAGCGGCGCCACGAGGCGGGGCUGAAGCGGAAGCCCAGCCUCCCUCUACAGCCAUCCGAGGACCCCGCUGAUGGCAGAGGACCCGGAGACAGUGUUGCUGCGAAAGAGGACUCGCCACCUUCCAGUCUCGGGCAAGACUCUCUGCUCCUGCAUUCAGAGAAAGCUCCCCAGGAAAGCGUCGGUUCUUCUGUUGUGGAAGAGAAUGGGGAAGUUAAAGAGCUUCAUCCGUGCAAAUACUGUAAGAAGGUUUUUGGAACGCAUACUAACAUGAGGCGGCAUCAGCGCAGAGUCCACGAGCGCCAUCUGAUUCCCAAGGGCGUGCGGCGGAAAGGGGGCCUCCUGGAGGAGCCACACCCCCCUGCCGAGCAGGCCCCACCUGCCCAGAGUGUCUACGUGCCUAGCACGGAGCCGGAGGAGGACGGAGAGGCAGAUGACGUGUACAUCAUGGAUAUCUCCAGCAAUAUCUCUGAAAACUUAAAGUUCUAUAUUGAUGGCAAAAUUCAGACCAGCAGCAGCACGAGUAACUGUGAUGUCAUCGAGAUGGAGUCCAGCUCGGCAGACUUGUAUGGGAUAAAUUGUCUGCUUACUCCAGUUACGGUGGAGAUCACCCAAAAUGUAAAGACGGCACAGGCCUCCAUAGCAGAGGAUCUUCCUAAGGAGCCUUCCGGGGGCACCAACAGUGAGUCCAAGAAGCGAAGAACGGCGAGUCCUCCCGCACUACCGAAAAUCAAAGCUGAGGCAGAGCCUGACCCCUCGGUGCCCUCGUGUUCCUUACUGCCUCUCAGCAUAUCCACGUCAGAGGCGGUGUCUUUCCACAAGGAGAAAAGUGUGUACUUGUCAUCGAAGCUCAAACAGCUUCUUCAGACCCAGGACAAGCUAACUCCUCCUGGGGGCAUUUCAGCGACUGAGAUACCGAAGUUAGGGCCUGUUUGUGUGUCUGCUCCAGCAUCGAUGCUCCCCGUGACCUCGAGUAGGUUUAAGCGGCGGACCAGCUCUCCACCCAGUUCCCCACAACAUAGUCCUGCCCUUCGAGACUUUGGAAAGCAAAGCGAAGGCAAAGCAGCGUGGAGUGAUGGAGUUCUAGGUUCCAAAAAGCCCAAAUUAGAGAGUCAUAGCAACUCACCUGUGUGGAGUUUAUCUGGGAGAGAGGAGAGAGAAACUGUGAGCCCACCAUGCUUUGACGAAUAUAAAGUAUCUAAGGAGUGGGCAGCCAGUUCUGCUUUUAGCAAUGUGUGCAACCAGCAGCCACUGGAUUUAUCCAGCGGUGUGAAACAGAAGGCUGAGGGUACGGGCAAGACUCCGGUCCAGUGGGAAUCUGUAUUAGAUCUCAGUGUGCAUAAGAAGCCUUGUGGCGACUCUGAAGGCAAGGAGUUCAAAGAAAACCAUCUGGUGCAGCCAGCCUGCAGUGCUGUAAAGAAAAAGAAGCCAACCACCUGCAUGCUGCAGAAGGUUCUUCUCAACGAAUACAAUGGCAUUGAUGUACCUGUAGAGAAUACUGCAGAUGUGACCCGGAGCCCGAGUCCGUGUCAAUCCCUGGACCCCCAGCCAGACCCUGGCCUUGGCCCGGACUCGAGUUUAUCUGCCCCUGUGGUUGAGUCCCCACCCGAUGUCUCUCCUUCCUCACCUGCCCUACAGGCCUCUUCCCUUUCUUCUGGGCAGCUGCCUCCUCUCUUGAUCCCAACGCACCCCUCUUCCCCCGCAGCCUGUCCUCCCGUGUUGACUGUUGCCACGCCGCCGCCUCCACUCCUUCCCACCGCCCCUCUUCCGGCCCCCUCUUCUGAGGCGUCUCCCCAUCCGUGUCCCUCUCCGCUCUCGAAUGCCACCGUGCAGUCCCCGCUUCCCAUUCUCUCCCCGACAGUGUCUCCGUCACCCUCUCCCAUUCCUUCCGUGGAGCCGCUCACCUCUGCUGCUUCGCCGGGACCCCCGACCCUUUCCUCGUCGUCGUCUUCGUCUUCCUCGUCUUCCUUCUCCUCUUCGUCUUCCUCCUCUUCCCCCUCGCCGCCACCGCUCUCAGCCGUAUCAUCUGUUGUUUCCUCUGGAGACAAUCUGGAAGCUUCUCUCCCCAUGAUAACACUCAAGCAGGAGGAACUAGAGAAUGAUGAUCUGAAACCCAGGGAAGAACCCCAGUCUGCAGUCGAACAGGAGAUUGUUCAGGAAACAUUCAACAAAAACUUUGUCUGCAAUGUCUGUGAAUUGCCUUUUCUUUCCAUUAAAGAUCUAACCAAACAUUUAUCUGUCCAUGCUGAAGAAUGGCCCUUCAAAUGUGAAUUUUGUGUGCAGCUUUUUAAGGCUAAAACUGACCUGUCAGAGCAUCGCUUCUUGCUUCAUGGAGUUGGGAAUAUCUUUGUGUGUUCGGUGUGUAAAAAGGAAUUUGCAUUUCUGUGCAAUUUGCAGCAGCACCAGCGAGAUCUCCACCCAGACCAGGUGUGCACCCACCAUGAGUUUGAAAGUGACACGCUGAGGCCCCAGAACUUCACUGAUCCCAGCAAGGCCCACAGAGAGCAUAUGCAGAGUUUGCCGGAAGAUCCUUUAGAAGCAUCGAAAGAAGAGGAGGAGCUUAAUGAUUCCUCUGAAGAGCUUUACACCACCAUAAAAAUAAUGGCUUCUGGCAUAAAGACGAAAGACCCAGAUGUCCGGCUGGGCCUCAAUCAGCAUUACCCGAGCUUUAAGCCGCCCCCAUUUCAGUACCAUCACCGAAACCCUAUGGGCAUCGGCGUGACGGCCACAAAUUUCACUACCCACAAUAUUCCACAGACGUUCACCACUGCCAUUCGCUGCACAAAGUGUGGGAAAGGUGUUGACAACAUGCCAGAGUUACACAAACACAUCUUGGCAUGUGCUUCUGCCAGUGACAAGAAGAGGUAUACCCCCAAGAAAAACCCAGUCCCCUUAAAACAGACUGUACAGCCGAAAAACGGUGUGGUGGUUUUAGACAACUCGGGGAAGAACGCCUUCAGACGGAUGGGACAGCCCAAAAGACUGAACUUCAGCGUCGAGCUCAGCAAAAUGUCCUCGAACAAGCUCAAACUAAACGCAUUGAAGAAAAAGAACCAGCUUGUCCAGAAAGCAAUCCUUCAAAAGAACAAAUCUGCGAAGCAGAAGGCCGACUUCAAAACCGCCUGUGAGUCGUCCUCGCACAUCUGCCCCUACUGUAACAGGGAGUUCACGUACAUCGGGAGCCUGAAUAAACACGCCGCCUUCAGCUGUCCCAAAAAGCCGCUCUCCCCGUCCAAAAAAAAAGUGUCGCCUUCAUCCAAGAAAGGCGGACACGCGUCACCUGCCGGCAGCGACAAAAACGGCAGCGGCCACCGGCGCCGGACGGCAGACGCGGAGAUUAAGAUGCAGAGCGUGCAGGCUCCUCUCGGCAAGACCCGAGCGCGCAGCUCCGGCCCUGCGCCAGGCCCGCUGCCGUCCUCGUCCUUCAGGUCCAAGCAGAAUGUCAAAUUUGCGGCUUCGGUGAAGUCCAAAAAGCCCAGCUCCUCCUUGAGGAACUCGAGCCCUAUCCGGAUGGCCAAAAUAACGCAUGUCGAUGGGAAGAAGCCCAAAGCUGUGGCCAAGAGUCACUCCGCUCAGCUCUCGAGCAAGACGUCCCGGAGCCUGCACGUGAGGGUACAGAAGAGCAAGGCCGUCUUGCAGAGCAAAUCCGCUCUGGCCAGUAAGAAAAGAACAGACCGGUUCAAUGUAAAAUCUAGAGAACGGAGUGGGGGGCCGGUCACCCGAAGCCUCCAGCUGGCAGCCGCUGCCGACCUGGGUGACAGCAGGAGGGAGGACAGCGGUGGCAAGCAGGAGCUGAAGGACUUCAGAAUUUUGACAUAAGCGUUUAAAGGAAGUAGCUGUUGGUUCGGUUGGAGGCACGAAGAAGGGUCACUGCUCUGGCUGCCUCAGACCUGAAUUCCCAGCUUUUGUGUCAGUCCUAGGACUCACCGAGUGGUACCGUUUCUUGAAUAGGGCCGAUUGCGAGUUGAAUUUGAGACCAUGAGAAGCUCUCAAAGGUACCCUCUUGUGAAAAGAUGAAAUCCUCUCACGCUUCCUCCGUAUCUUGGGUAAUUUCUCAGUGCCACUUGUAUUAUUUCCAGAUCAUAGAUCAUUGCUUUAUGGUUAAGGUUGGAUCACCGAGUUCGUUGAAACCACAUCGCAAUCUUGUUUAAUACUUCUGUGACUGGAGUGUAGUUAUAGUAAUUGAGCAUGCUUUUAUUAUUCAUGCUUUCUUUUUGUGUGUUUUAAUUUGAAAAAAGUUGCCUCAUUGGUUAAAGCAAAAACACGACACCGUACUCCUUUUAAGAUGCCUUAUGUCCCCCACCCCCGCCCCCAGCCCACUCCCGUCUCCAGACAUAGGAUAAAAUAAACAGGCCAGAUUCUGAAGAAAGACGAGGAGGGAGCGCUGAGAGCCUGGCAGUGGGACAGCGAGAGCCUGGCAGGCCCCUGGGGCAGGUGUGGCAGCCCAGGGCAGGUCAGCCCCCGCGCGUCCGCGCCUUUGUUCCCCUAGUAAUGGCGGAAGAUGGCGUCUUAGGUUGGAGGUUGAUUUCAGUGUUUUAUUCUGUGUCUUCCCUGUAUUAAAAACUCUUCUCAGUGACACGUUAAAAACACAGGGCAAUAGUUAAAUUUGUCAUAUUGACUUUUCAGACUUUUUCAAGUCACUCAACCCGAGGUGAUGUGCAUUCUCGGAAUUCCUAUUUCCUGGAAUAAAGCCUACAGGUGAAACCCACGUGAAAUAGUCAACAUGAGAUAGAAUUUCCACAAAAUACUUUAGAAUCUUGUCCUUUCAGAGUAAUGAGCUGCUCAGCUCUAGGCGUUCUUGGCUAUAACUUUGAGUGAAAACUCUGAUGUUUCAGGCAAACCAUUAGAAUGAAUUCUGGGGGAGUGAGUGCAGUUUGGAGAGGUCACGAGGACUCGGAGGUGCGGUUAUCACUGCACAGUUGAUAAGGUGGAGUUCUUGGUGCUGGUGUGCCUUAAGUCCUGGCUAAAGAAAAAUAAAGAGAAGGAUCAUUAGCCAAGGCUGAUUGGAAUGAUUUACUGUAGGCAUCAAGGGUCACGUUUUAAAAAAGCGACUUUCGUAAGUGAACUAUAAAUAAUCGCAGUUUCUAUGAUUCCGGUUCAGCAUCCGGUCUUUGGCCGUGGCAUAUGCAUACAUACCAUCUUGGAGCUUAGCCCUGGUGAAAAUACGCACCUGUAUAUCAGCUGUUCAAGCUGCCUACCUGUAGCAGUGUAACUGUUUGUACUCCAUCUGUGUUUGCGAAGUUCCACAACAACAGGAUAUUCUUGAACCGACUCCUUUUCAAGGUUAAAGAACCGGAAAAUGCCAUCAUUUUCACUGACUGUACUAAAAAACAUCUCCCAUGUGGUUAAUGCUUUAGAAUGUACUGUGUGCAUCCCUUUUUGUCUGCAGUGUUACGUGAAAGAAUCACUUAUUUUGUACUGGAUCCCAUUUAUACAGUUCAAGGCUGAGGUUAUACAAAAUUACUUAUAAAGAUAAACUCUCUGAAUAACUAUACGUUUAUGAAGUUCGUUCACUUAGCCUCUAUACUCAUCCAGUGCUUUUUGAAGAACCCUUAAAACUGCAAAGGACCAAAGUGCCUAAUAAAAUUGUGUCUCUCUUUUUUGCUCCA